ACGUCGACACACCGCGCUCUCGCAGUGCAAGAUGUCCAACUCUCUCUGGCGGUACGUCAAGAAUGUGCAGAAAAUGGGGUUUAAGAACUACGUGCGGGCAAUGUGGUACAUCGGGGAUGCGAAGGGUGGCAAGUUUGUAGGGGAGGAUCAGUUUGGGAAUAAGUACUACGAGAACUUGAACCCCGAGGAGGAGACACCCGGUCGGCAGCGGUGGGUUGACUACACCCAACACAACUUCGACGCCUCCCAACUGCCUCCUGAGUGGCAUGCAUGGAUGCAUCAUAUCCGCAAGGACCCCCCAUCGAGCGACUUCCAGAUGCUCCAGGCCAGCAGGCCGAAAUGGAUCGGACCAUUCCGGGAGAACCUCAGCGGUACCAGAGGUGCAUUCAAGACGUACAGUACGACGCAGCCGAAGUUCCAUGCGUGGGAUCCGAAAGUAAGCCAGCGAGCGCCGUCUGCAAGUGCGUGAACCUCGCGAGCAACGUCUUAAUUCUAUAUCCAAAUGUACAAAAUGCAAAAUAUUGCUACA